GUUUGUAUUGGUAUAUAGUUACAGAGUUUGACGGGGUUGUGGCGAGUCGCGGCGACAAGCUAUGACGAGCAUCAUGGCUGAUAGUGAUACUGAACCAAUGUCACGGUUACUAAAAAUUGCCAACAAAUUUAACUGCUUUUAUCUAUCAGGCUUUCGCAAUGGAGAAUGCAGAGCAUUUGUUGUCGAUGGACAGCAGGUGGGCCUUGUAAGGCCUGAUGUCAUGAAAGAAUUAUUAAAUUAUCCACAAGUAUUUCAAGUUUUACCUGACUGUGUACAGCUUAAUCCAGCCUUUAGAGGAUAUGGGGAAAGAAGUGCACGAGUCAAUGAAGUUUUGCAAGAAUGGAGAGCUGGAGAAAAGUUUAUAACAUUGAGAGGUUGGAGAGAAGAAUAUUAUGAAGUCCGAGCACAAUUUAAUACUCCGCCUCUUUUUAAAAUGGAUCGAUCUGCAACUUGUUUAUUCGGCAUCCGGAAAUAUGGUGUAGAUAUUAAUGGAUAUGUUAAUGAUCCAAAGAAAGGUCUAUCAAUUUGGCUACAAAAACGUAGUCCAAAUAAACAAACAUGGCCAGGAUUUUGGGACAAUAUGAUCAGUGGAGGUUUAAGUGUUGGUUUUGGUAUUGAUGAGACGGCAAUAAAAGAAGCGGGAGAAGAAGGAAGUAUUCCUCCUCAUUUAUUAAAAAAACUUAAAAGCACAGGCUGUGUAUCGCUAUUUUUUGAAAGCGAAAGAGGUUUAUUUCCUAAUACGGAAUUUGUUUAUGACCUAGAAUUACCUCCAGAUUUUGUACCAAGUAAUAGCGAUGGAGAAGUUGAAACAUUUGAGCUGUUACCGGUUAAUGAAUGUAUAGAGAGGAUACUGUCACCUAAUUUUAAAACUACGUCUAUUCCUGUAGCUCUUGAUUUUUUAAUUAGACAUGGUUAUAUCACUGCAGAGAAUGAACCUAAUUUUAUAAAAAUUGUUGAGCUCCUUCAUAUACCACUUCAAACGAUGUAUAGCUACGUACAAAAACAAACGAAGCAUAAAAUAGCUGCCAAUGGUGAAACGAAUGAAGCUCUACAAUGAGUUUAGGUAUAAAGGAACAAUAGAUACUAAUUUCAUGCAUUUCUAAUCUAAUGAUUGCAUAAAAUAAACAGGCCGUUUAUUUCUAUCUUCAACU